UCCGUCCGUCCACCGAUCCCACGGGCGAAUGUCUGGUCGCAAGAAGCGCAUCGAGAGAGACCCACGACGUCGACCGGUGCCCGAUACCAAGCAAGCAAGGACUGAUCCAGGGUCCACCGUCUCUCUCGACAUCACACGUCUCUCUCUCCCUCUCUCUCAUGUCCUUUUUUUGGGGCAAUGGCAAUCUCGGGCACGCAGCCCUUUUUCUUUACCCUUCACGGCGUUCGUGUGAUAUUAUCCUUUCUGGGUUUUUGAUUUUUCCUCCCCUUCUUUCUUCGCUUGCCUAAUGUCUUCCUCUGGAUGAGGCCUGCCUCCUCUGCCCCUGUUAUAAAGCAGAUGUUUUUUCUAUCCUUCUGGGGUUGCACGUAGCAAGAAUUGUCGUUGUUGUACGUUUUUCUGUGUGCGUAUAUUAUCAGGAGUUGUUGUUCUUCUUCCGGGGUAGUUUUUGUCCUUGCCCUGUUGUUGUGGUUGUGAUUGAGGCAUUACGUCGAACAGUUUGAAAGUGGAAAGAUGUUGGGGGUGUUUGCGGAUGUUGUGCUGCUUCUGGUUCCUGUUUGGAUUGCUUUUCUUGUUGGGGUUGUCAUUGGAUGGGCAUGGAAGCCCAAAUGGGCGAGCUUGGGGAGGGUCGAAUUGAGUUGCUCGGUGCUGAGGCAGUCUGAUUCCUCCUUCCCUUUCUUGCCGUCGAAAUCGGUGAUGUCUCCGUUGAAGGGAUUCGGGUCGGACCCGUGCUUGAAUUCAUUCAAGGUGCAGUGGCCGAGUUUCGAUUUCCGUAGUUUUGAUGGUGCGGCGACAAAGAAGAAACCGUUAUCUCAAUCGCCUGCCUUGUUUGAGGAGUGCAGCACACCAGAGGCCGGAGAGAUAUCCACUUUGUUGUCGGAGGAGGAUUUGACGCAGUUAUGGCAUCUUGUUGAGAUGAAAGAUGGAGGUCCUUCUUGGAUACAUAUGAUGGAUCGUUAUGCGUUGAGUAUGAGCUACCAAGCCUGGAGGCGAGAUCCCAAAACCGGUCCUCCUCAGUAUCGUAGCAGAACUGUAUUCGAGGAUGCAACACCUGAGACGGUGAGGGAUUUCUUCUGGGACGAUGACUUUCGGUCGAAGUGGGAUGAUAUGCUUGCCUAUUCAACAACUGUAGAGGAUUGUCCCUCCACAGGAACCAUGGUUGUUCAUUGGAUUAGGAAGUUCCCCUUUUUCUGUAGCGACCGUGAAUAUAUCAUCGGGCGCCGAAUAUGGGAAUCUGAGAGGUCAUAUUAUUGCGUGACAAAGGGAGUACACUACCCUUCCAUCCCUAGGCGCAACAAACCAAGACGUGUGGACUUGUAUUAUUCAAGUUGGUGUAUUCGAGCAGUCGAGUCGAGAAAGAACGAUGGGCAGCUGACAGCAUGUGAAGUCUUGCUCUUCCAUUACGAAGACAUGGGCAUCCCUAAUGAGAUUGCGAAGCUCGGAAUAAGGCAGGGGAUGUGGGGAGCAGUCAAGAAGAUUGAACCCGGCUUGCAUGCCUACCAGAAAGCUAGAGCUUCUGGGGCGCCACUCUCGCACCCUGCUAAGAUGGCUCAGAUCAACACGAAGAUAAGCCCGGAGUUUGUCAAGUCUUUGGAAGAGUCUGAUGACACGUCCGAAGUCAGUAAAGCCGAUGUGGUGGAGAAACCAAAGGGCGGUAAUCUCCCCAAGGUUUUGUUCAUCGGUGGGAUCCUUGUCCUCGCAUUUAGUCUCAACCACGGGCUUCUGACUAAAGCAGCUAUGUUUAGCGUGGCCCAGAAGUUUGGGAACUUGAGAAGGAGGAGGCCAGAGGUGAGACACUAAGAUCUGAUGGUAUUUAACACUUUUUGGCUGCCAUUUUUCCCUCUUCUCAGCAGUAAUACGCGAUUCGGAGUCGUUGAAGCCUAGCAUAAGGCUUAGACGUUAGAGAUUUGAUACCAAAAGUUAGGAUAUAUACAGUUUACUGUUGCAAAACACACAGUUCCUCCAUACCAGCACUACUGUUGUAAAUCACGCAUAGUUCCUCCAUACAAGCACUAGAGUUCAUAAUGGGAAAGUACUAUUAAGUUUUAUCCUUUCA